AUGAAUAAGAAAAUUCGUACUCCUGUGAAAAGAAUAUUAGAAAUCAAUGAUCAAGCAGGGAUUGGGGUGUCUAGGAACUAUCAUUCAAUGGUUGUUGAAGCGGGGGGAUACGAGUCAUUGACAUUUGAUGAGCGAGAUACAAGGAAUUACAUUAAUAGAGCUAGAAGAUUAAGGCUUGGUGAAGGUGAUGCCGAAUCACUUCAAAGUUAUUUUAUGAGGAUACAAGCACAUAGUGAGAAAUUCUUUUAUGUGAUUGAUGUUGAUAAGGAGUUUCGCAUUAGAAACUUGUUUUGGGCUGAUGCAAGGAGUCGGGCUAUGUAUGAAUCAUUUGGAGAUGUUAUUUCAUUUGACACAACUUAUUUGACGAACAAAUAUGACAUGCCAUUUGCUCCAUUUGUCCGGCAUCGAUGGUGCUUAUGGCAUGUAAUGAAGAAAACGCCGGAGAAGUUGAAAGGAUAUGCUCAGUAUGAACCCAUAAAGUUGGCUAUGCAAAAUGCAAUUUACGAUUGUUUGACAAGAGAUGAAUUUGAGGAAAAAUUAGAAGAGAUGCUUACUAAAUUCAAUCUUUAUGAUAAUGAGUGGUUGGGGAGGAAAGAUUUGGUUCGAGAGUACACAUGCAUCAAAACCACGUACACUGGCUUUGGGGAUGAUUUCAAUACAAGUUGUUAUGAGAGGAUGAACAAGAAAUUGAUCACCAUUAUACAACUUGCUGGUAAUUCAGAAAGGAAAAUUAAAAUUAUAGACCUUGGGUUGGAUGAAAUGAAGGAUAGAGUCAUGCACAAUGAAUUGGGUGAUGAGAGUAAUUUACCACCUUCUACUAAUAGGAUACCAUCUUCUACAAAAAGUCCAAUUGCCACCGGUUGUACAUCGGGUGCUAGUACGAGGAAGCUAGUUAGUCCUUUGGUUGUUCGGCGAAGAGGCCGUCCAGUAACGAAACGAAAGGUUGCCAAAGUAGAUCAAACAGUGAAUCGGUUCAAGGCAACGGCUGUUAAGGUGCUUCAAUUUGAAGCUCAAGUUCAAGCUCAAGCUCAAGCUUAUACAUCAUAUUAUCCUUAUAUGGUUGGCAUGCAAAAUAGUGCGUAUGCACCAGUCGUAAAUGCUAUUGAAGCCACAUCUCUUAUGCCAUCCGACUUUGUAAACGGCACACCGAGAAGUUUGAUGAGUGCUCCAACUCAAAUGUUUGGCUUUGGAUCUCUAACCUCAUCAGUGUUUGAGCAUGAUUUUUUGAGAGUUCAUGCAAAAUCUCUGUUGACAGAUGUUGGUUUAAGAAAUCUGUAA